GGCACACGUGUGCGCCCAUAGCCAGAUAAGCUCCCUCUUCUUCUACCUCCAGACUUUGAGCUUUCUCUCUUACAUUCGAAACUCGUUUAAAUGCCGAGAAGCUUAGAGCCGUUGGAUCUAGGAAUCCAGAUACCGUACCAUUUCAGAUGUCCAAUCUCGCUAGAGCUGAUGCGCGACCCGGUAACCGUCUGCACCGGUCAAACCUACGACCGAACAAGCAUCGAGUCAUGGGUCUCCACAGGAAACAACAACAACAACACGACAUGCCCAGUCACACGUGCCCCCUUGUCCGACUUCACUCUCAUCCCGAACCACACUCUCCGCCGCCUCAUCCAAGAAUGGUGCGUCGCUAACCGCUCCAACGGCGUCGAGCGCAUCCCCACUCCCAAACAGCCCGCUGAUCCCACCUCCGUCCGAGCUCUCCUCAGCCAAGCCUCCGCAACCUCCGGAGCCCACGUCUCCGUCCGCUCCCGCGCCGCCGCUCUCCGACGCUUGCGUGGGUUCGCGCGCGAUUCCGAGAAAAACCGCGUUUUGAUCGCGGGGAACAACGGUAAGGAGAUUCUGAUCAGGAUUCUGUUCUCCUCCGACGAGGAGGCUCAUGAGCUGGUCUCCGAAUCUCUCGCUCUUCUAGUUAUGUUCCCGAUGAAGGAGUCUGCUCAGUGCGUGUCUAUAAUUUCGGAUCCGGGUCGGGUCGAGUUUUUAACCCGGUUGCUGUUUGAUUCUUUCGUCGAAACGCGCGUUAACGCCGCGGCGUUGUUAGAGAUGGCGUUGACAGGAUCGAAAGGAACGGUUACGAUUACGAACUCUGAGUCCAUAUUCGAAGGAGUUGUCGAUCUCCUACGUGGUGAUCCGGUUACGUCGCAGUCACGGCGAGCUCUCAAGAUCGGAACCAAAGCUCUGUUCGCGCUCUGCCUAGCGAAAAACACGCGCCGCAUCGCCGUCUCCUCCGGCGCGCCGGAGAUUCUGAUCGACAGGCUCGCGUCGGAGGAUUUCGACAGGUGCGACGCCGAGCGAGCUCUGGCCACGGUGGAGCUGCUGUGCCGGACGCCGGAGGGGUGCGCGGCGUUCGGCGAGCACGCUCUGACGGUGCCGGUGCUCGUGAAGACGAUUCUGAGGGUAUCGGAUCGCGCGACGGAGUGCGCGGCGGGAGCGUUAUUAGCGCUCUGCGCGGCGGAGGAGCGGUGGAGAGAGGAGGCGGUGGCGGAGGGAGUGGUGGUGCGGUUGCUGCUGAUGGUGCAGAGUGAGUGUACGGAGAGGGCGAAGAGGAAAGGACAGAAGCUGCUGAAGCUUCUUGUGAGAGACUCGUGGCAUGACUACUCCUUCGCUAACUCCGAUGGUCUCGCCUGCAGCGAAGUGGUCCCCUUUUGAUUCUUUUUUUAUUUAUUGUGUUACACAGUAAUUAUUUUUAGUCUUCUAUAUGUUUUUUAAUUAGUAGAAAAAAAAAACUUGUGAAAUGGUCAUUGUUUAUGAAAAAUUGUGAAUUAAAAAUUCAAAAAGGUUUGAUGAUCAUAAUUUAUAUAAUGAUUUUUUCUCCA